AUGCACCUCGAUCAGGUUCUCGCUGCUGCCACUGUAGCGAAGGCACACGCGCACAUCAACAAGCAUCAAUGCGCGUUGGCUGUACGUCGCCUGCGACUGAUUGCCCUCACGCUACGCCAGAUGCCGCGGCCGGCGCCGUCGCAGCUGCUGCUGACCGCGAUACAGUCUCUGUGCCUGCUGCUGCGUCAGUGCGCACACGACGGUGGCCUAGUGGCAAGCACGGCGGAGUCUGCCACGGCACUGCAGAUCCUGUACGGUCCCGACGGCGAUCCACUGGGACCGGCGCAGUGCUGGCCAGUGCUGCUGUAUCAGCACUUCACAAGCCGACUGCUCUUCCAAAGUGCUUACCGACGCCUCUGGGCGGCAUGGUCCAUGUACUCGCACGUGGAUCUGGAGCGGGAGGACAGCGUUGCAGAGUCGCUGGACUGCGCCGAGGAUGGGCAGGUCAUGAUGGAGCUGCUCUUUCCCAUGGGUGUUUCUGGCCGAGAGGCAGAUCGAUCCGCCCUUGAAGAGGUCGGCAGCGUCAGUCAUCAUCUGCGCGACCUGCAAGCCUACCACCAGCGGCGUAAGAUGAGUCCGUGGCGAAUCCUCUAUCAAGACCUGCAACCGACGGAUCAGCUCGUACCGGGGGUCGGCCGACCACAAAGCGCAUCGGCAUCGGCUCCUCCGACGGCGACGGUGGCAGUGGAGCACCACGCUGAUGGCGAGGAGGACGUUCGCUUCCGUGUCGUACCGCACGUGUACCGGUACAACGGCGUCCCUGUCGUCGUGAAGGCCCUCUGCGGCGCGGCGGGCACGGGCGACGCAGAAACGCAGGAGGUGGCUAUGCAGCACGCGACAGAGUUCCUACUGGACGCGGGGUGUCGCUCCACGUGGUGUCACCCGCACAUCGUCACAUGCCUCGGUGGAUACACGGAAAGGUUCGUCGACGACGCGGAGAGCUCAAAAGCGUCAGAGGAGCGCCUGGCAAGCGCUGCCAUGGCAAACUUCCCCUGGCAGCGUCCCGUGUCGACCGUUACUGGGAAGCCGAUCAUGGCUCUGGGGUACGUCCUUGAGCUGCAGAGUGCAAGAUUGCUCUCCACCACUGCCGACUCUGCGCAGGCCUCCUAUGUCACGCUUCACGAUUUGCUGUUUACUCCCUCUUCUUCCGCUGCUUCCUCCUCAGCGUCCCUCCCUGUUCUUGGGCGGCACCACUUCACGCUUCACGAGGCCCUCGACAUCUGCGCCCAGAUCGCCGAUGCGCUGCAGUACAUCAUGAGCGACAGCCAUGAGGUGUCGGAGGCGGUGCAGACGGCGUGGUUGACCGUCGACCCUGCGAAUGUCUUCGUUGUGCGCGUGGUCGGACUGAACGGUAAAGAAGAGCCGGUGCGCCAACAGAAAAGGCAGCAGCAGAGUGUUGUCAGCGGCGACCAGCAUGCGCGAGACACGUCGUUGCCCUUGUCGGUGAAUAGCGAAAGUGCCGUCUGGGCGGCCAGCGUCACCCCCUUCGCCGAGGGUGGCAGUCGUGAAGAGCCCCCUGUCGUGGGCGGAGCUGACCUGCAAAGCGGUCCCGUCAAGGCGUCAGAGGAUGGCGGGGGCCGAGUCGACUGGAGCCUCCCCAACAAGGCGGAUACGGUGCAGGCACGGAGUGAGUGGGAGACAGAGGUGUACGUCUGCAGAGGAAGCAAGGAAGACCACGGCAGCGCCGAAGAUACGCUGCGCCCUCGAUCGAAGCACUUCGUUGUGCGCUAUAGCCCGCCGUGCAGGUGGAUGCCACACCAGGUCGCCGGAAGUCGGUGGCGCCCGCAUGCGCGCGCCACGGCCCCCGCCAGCUACGCCGUUGUGCAGCUCCUUCUUGCGCUUCUCACGGGCCAGGUGCCCUACGCAUACAUCAAGACAGACCGAGAGGUGGAGAAGCGGGUGUUUGCGGGUUCUACGGAUCAGCUCGGCAACACCUCGGGCGCCGCGUCGUGUCUCUCGGGAGCAGAGUCGCUAGCGCCGGUGAGACUAAGCAGCAGCAGCCAAGGGUACCGUAUUCCACCCUCGCUGCCGCCGAUGGUGGCGAACUGGUGUCGGCGCGCGCUCUCCCUCGAUCACAGCCAGCCGCCCAUGGAACUGGAGGCGCUGCGCAACACUCUGGCGACGAUUCAAGCCUCUCUGCCUGAUAACAUCCGUCACGCGUACCUGCGCGCGGGAGAAGACGCGACUGAGAGAGACAGAGGAGCCGGUGGCGGUGGCGGUAGCGCCAAUCAGGAGAUGCAGUCCUGCAUGAGGGGCGAGCCGCUCGAUGUUUUGUAG